GGCGGUGGCCUCGGCGUGACGCCCGCCGAAGCGAAGCAGCUCGGUAAGGCCGCGCUCGACGGCGGCAAAGUGGGCGUGCUGCUCGUCGCCGGCGGGCAAGGGAGCCGCCUUGGGUUCGAGAAGCCCAAGGGGAUGUUCCCGAUCGGCCCCGUCUCCGACGCGACCCUCUUCCAGAUCCAUUUGGAGAAAGCCGUUGCCCUCGCAAAGCGGCAUGGCGUCGGAGUGCCUGUCUAUCUAAUGACGAGCCCCGUCACGCACGACGACACGAUCGAGUUCCUCAACGCCAACAACCGCUUCGGCCUCGCCGAGGACGACCUCUUCAUCUUCUGCCAGGGGACGAUGCCCGCCGUGGACAUGGCGACCGGCAAGCUGCUGCUCGCCGAGAAAGGCCAACUUUUCCUCAGCCCCGAUGGCCACGGCGGCACGAUCGCUGCGCUCGCAUCGUUCAAGAACGCCAAGGGCGAAGGCGCCAUCGACCACAUGCGGCGUCGCGGCGUCGAGAACCUCUUCUACCUGCAAGUCGAUAACCCCAUCAUCCCGAUAGGCGAUGCGGAGCUGAUCGGCUACCACCUCGCCACCAAGAGCGAACUGACGAGCGUCGCCGUCGCCAAGCAAGAGCCACAAGACAAGCUCGGCAACUUCGUCAUGGUUGACGGCAAGCUCUGCGUCAUCGAGUACAGCGACUUCCCCGACGACGUCGCCGACCAAGACGACGGCCGCGGUGGUCUACGCUUCUGGGCGGGCAGCAUCGCGGUCCACGUCUUCGGCGUGGCGUUCCUCGAGCGAAUGCUCUCGAUGAAAGACGCGCUCCCGUUCCACAUCGCGAAGAAGAAGGUUCCACACAUCAACGAGCAGGGGGAGCAAGUCGAACCCGCCGAGAACAACGCUCUCAAGUUCGAGCGGUUUAUCUUCGACCUCUUGCCGCAGGCCGAGCGACCGAUCGUCGUUGAGUACGCCGAAGAAGAAAUCUUCGCCCCGCUAAAGAACGCCCCCGGGGCCGCGAAGGACACGCCCGAGUACGUGCAACGGUUUCUAACCGGCCAGCACCGCGGCUGGCUCGAAGCCGCGGGCGCCCACGUCCCUCAAGACGUGACCGUCGAGAUCAGCCCCCUCUGGGCGCUCGACGCGGAAGGCGUCGCCGAGCGCGUGGCGGAGCAGCCGCCGGCGCUUGAGAAGGACACCUAUCUGCGGGACUAA